GAUUGUUUCGUUAUCCCAUCCAAUCCUUCGCGUCAUAUACACUGUGUUUCCACAUCGAUACCCCCCCCAACGGAGAUCAGCAUCCUUGCGUCUGGAUAGAAAAGUCUUUUUUGGGAAGGGAUAGAUAGAUGCGUUUCGGAGUCAUUCGUUUUCAUAGAUCGGGCAGGGUAAUGAGGCUUAUGAAUUAUAUUAUUCACUACAUUUAUCUCUCGUCUGGUUUCGUUCUUGGCGUAUCCCGGGUCUUGUUUGACCUUACCAUACCACACUUACACAGUCGUCCUCAGGUAUACCAUAUAUUUAUCCAGGAUGGUGGUCUUCGCGACGAGCCGCAGACUGGGGCCCUUCGUUCCUUGUAUGUGUUCCGGGAUCUGUCGUUGUCUCACUGGACGUGUUGUGCCUCUCACAGCGCUCUUCCAUAUGUUUCCUUUGUUGUGAGUAUCCGGUAUUGUGCGAGCUAUCGAGGUCCUCCAUAUGUGUCGAGGAACUUCUACUGGGGUACAUCACCACUCCUCCAAAUGGUGACGAUUUUAGUGCAUGUCGCAGGCAGAGACAGGGUACGCAUGCUUGAAGCAAUUGCUUAUGGUAGGUAUGGAGCACGACAUGUUUCUGGAACCUGGAACCUACAAGGACGUGAAGGACGUUGAACAAACACAACUGUUCUUGUGCCUUUCCUUAUUCACCGGGCGACCUGUACACCGCUUCAUUCCCGGACCCAACUCCGGAUCCUAAUCUGGACAGGGAGGAGGCCCAAUGCGGUCGCCGUUCACUUUGAUUCACUUUGAUUCACUUUCACUUAGCGAGGCGGACGCUCAGAUCUCUUUUUUUUUC